CACGUAGUUUUCAACGUUAGAAAAGCUUGUUCCACUAACCGAAACCUCCUUACCCUCUGUUUCAGAACCAUGAAGAAAGCGUCUUCCUCGAAAGCGGAUGGACCCGCCAACAAGAAACCCAAAGUCGAAGGCGGUCCAAUCAAAGUGGAUGAUUUUGCGGAGAAAUUCAAAACCACCCGCAAAGAAACGGCCAAGUCUAUUCUGGAUUUUGAUUUCAAGAAAAAGCGCGUACGUAUUCUUUCCGAUACCAAGGAAGUGGAAGAAAACAAAAAGGGAGUCGUUUAUUGGAUGUCCCGUGAUGCCCGGGUGCAGGACAACUGGGCUUUUCUGUUCGCACAAAAACUUGCCCUGAAGAACGAACUGCCGUUGCACGUUUGCUUCAGCUUGGUUCCGAAGUUUCUCGAUGCCACCAUUAGGCAUUACAAAUUCAUGCUGAAAGGACUUGAAGAAGUAUCAAAAGAAUGUCAAUCUCUGGAUAUCAACUUCCACAUGCUGACUGGGAUGGCUAAAGAUACCAUUCCGAAGUUUGUGAAGACACACAAGAUUGGAGCCGUGGUAUGUGAUUUUAGUCCACUGCGAGUUCCGAUGCAAUGGGUUGAAGAUGUUCGUAAAUCACUGCCAGCCGAAAUACCGCUCUGCCAGGUGGAUGCCCAUAAUAUCGUUCCACUGUGGGUGACAUCUGAAAAACAAGAAUAUGCAGCGCGAACGAUCCGUAACAAGGUGAAUGGCAAUCUUAAUACAUAUCUGACGCAAUUUCCACCGGUGAUCAAACACCCCCAUAAGGCUUCCUUCAAAGCUGAUCCAAUUGAUUGGACCAAGUUGUUGGAUACAGUCGAGGUAGAUAGAAGCGUAGAUGAGGUUGCUUGGGCCACUCCGGGUUACACCGGAGGGCUUGGUGUCCUACAAAGCUUUGUCGAGAAGCGGUUGAGGAAGUUCAAUGCUAAACGAAACGAUCCUACCGAGGAUGCUCUGUCGAAUCUCUCCCCUUGGUUUCACUUUGGCCAAAUAUCCGUCCAGCGGUGCAUUCUGACGGUUAAGAAGUACGGCAAAGGCUUCUCCGAGGGUGUAGCUGAUUUUUGUGAAGAAGCGAUUGUCCGUCGAGAGCUGUCCGAUAACUUUUGUUUCUACAACAAAAACUAUGACAGUUUGAAGGGCGCUUACGAUUGGGCUCAGAAAACCUUGAAUGACCACCGUAAAGAUAAGCGUACGUAUCUCUACAGUAGGGACCAGCUUGAGCAAGCGAAAACCCAUGACGAUUUGUGGAAUUCGGCACAGAUCCAGAUGGUCAAGGAAGGUAAAAUGCAUGGCUUUUUGCGAAUGUACUGGGCGAAGAAGAUUCUCGAAUGGACAAAAACUCCGGAGGAAGCUCUCGAGACGGCUAUUUAUUUGAACGAUCGCUACCAGCUGGAUGGCCGUGAUCCUAAUGGGUACGUUGGCUGCAUGUGGUCCAUUGCGGGCAUCCACGAUCAGGGAUGGCGCGAGCGGGAAGUCUUUGGAAAGAUUCGUUACAUGAACUACGAAGGCUGCAAGCGGAAGUUCAAUGUUGCUGCUUUCGUAGCUCGUUACGGUGGCAAGGUGUACAAGAAGUAGUGGGGUGUGUCGAUCCGGCAGGAGGUAGAUAGGCAGCCAAUGCAAGCUGUAAGUACUUUUUUCGUCCAUGUAUUGAUUAUUAUUUUUAUAUUUGUUCC